CACAGGCUGUCUGUAUGUGAGUGAGUGUGUGCGUGUGUGUGAGAGAGAGAGAGAGAGAGAGAGAGGAGAGAGAGAGAGAGAGGUGGCCAGGGGUAGAUUGAGCGACACUCUCUUCUGCGGCGUGCUUUUGCACGUAUCUAUCUACCUUUAUUUCUCUCUCUCUCACUUGUGUCCGUCCCACUCCAACUCCCUCCUCUUCCCCUACCACCACCACCGCCACUUUUAUCAACACGACGCUGCAGGAAUUCACACAUAACGGCAACCUCCCUAAUUGCUAACAUAAAUGGAGAGUGUAUCUUCGGAGGAGGACGGGAACGGAGACAGUCGACGGAGCUAUAGCAUGAGCGCUGACGUUAGCGAGUUGGAGAGUUCAGCUGGCGAUUUAGCGGAGGACGAGGGCGGCGGUUUCAGUUCCGCGAGUUUCUCUUCUUUCGCCCCCGGCUGUUCCACUCCUCUGACGCCGACCUUCAGUUUCCCUCUCAUUGGAGGGAAGGAUGUGGUGCUGUGGGACGAGAAACCGAAUAAACCCCGGACCGAUUCGUCCGAAAUGGAGAUGAUGAAGGAAAGAUUUUCCAAGCUUCUUCUCGGGGAAGACAUGUCUGGAGGUGGUAAAGGAGUUUGCAGUGCAUUAGCCAUUUCAAAUGCUAUUACCAAUCUUUCUGCAACUGUAUUUGGAGAACUGUGGAGGUUGGAGCCUCUGGCUCCACAAAAGAGGGCCAUAUGGUGCAGAGAGAUGGAGUGGCUCUUAUCUGUGAGUGAUUGGAUUGUAGAACUUGUUCCAACAAUACAAGAAGUUCCUGGUGGCAGCAAAUACGAGGUAAUGGCACCAAGGCAGCGGUCUGAUCUGCACAUGAACUUACCAGCACUCAAAAAGCUUGAUGGAAUGCUGCUUAGCAUACUUGAUGGCUUUCACGACAUUGAGUUUUGGUAUGUUGAUCGUGGGAUAGUUUUAGAUGAUUACGACGAGUAUUCAUCUGGAAUGGCGAGUGAAAGACCUUCAGUUAGGCAAGAAGAGAAGUGGUGGCUUCCGUGCCCUAAAGUUCCUGCAAAGGGAUUGUCAGAAGAAGCAAGGAAGUGGUUGCAGCAACGUAGGGAUUGCACAAACCAGAUACUCAAGGCAGCCUUGGCCAUAAAUAACAAUGUUCUCGCUGAGAUGGACGUACCAACUGCCUACCUGGAAUCCUUACCCAAGAAGGGAAAAGACUGUCUUGGAGAUAUCAUAUACCGUUAUGUUACUGCUGAUCAGUUCUCUCCUGAGUGCCUUCUUGAUUGCCUCAACUUGUCAUCAGAACAUCAUACACUAGAUGUGGCAAACAGAAUCGAGGCAGCUGUGCAUGUGUGGAAGCUGAAAGAUCGGAAGAAACACUCUAAAUGUAACAAAUCUAAACGGAAGUUGUGGGGUGAUAAGGUGAAGGGCUUUGUGACGGAAGGAGAAAAGAGUCUCUGUCUAGCUCAACGAGCUGAGACCCUGUUGCAAAGUUUAAGACUAAGAUUUCCUGGUCUUCCACAAACUGCACUAGACAUGAGCAAAAUUCAGUACAACAAGGAUGUUGGGCACGCCAUACUGGAAAGCUAUUCUAGAGUAAUGGAAAGCUUAGCAUUCAACAUAAUUGCGAGGAUCGAUGAUGUGUUAUAUGUAGAUGAUGCUACCUUGAAAUGUGCUGUAGCAGAGUCCAUGUCGAUUUUCAACAGAGGAGGGUUCAGUGGCCUACCUAUUCAAAAGAAGAUGUCUCCAAGCCCUUUCUCAAUUCAACACACACCCUAUGCAUCACCGUUUGCGACACCCACAUUUUGCUCAACCCCUCCCCUACCUAGUAGUCCUAGGAAUUCUGUUACUCCACCGCUAGUGCUGAGCAAGAAGCCUGAUAAGGUUGUACCUGCGGACUUGGAUAAACUCUGGUCAUAUGCCGGAAAUUUCGGUCCCAGAAGAUUACCUGGAGAUGCUCCUGACAGAGCUUGACUGGUGAUGGAGUUCAGAGGAGAAUGGGUGGUGGUAUCAUGUAUAUUUGCUCUCUAGCACUGGCUGAGGCUGUUCUAGUUUCAGUAGCGAUUAUCAUAGUUUCUUACCUGAUUUGACUACCUUAUUUAACGAUUUAGUGAACUUAAUUGCUGUUGUCUGCUGAGUAGUGCUGUUAAUACUUAAUAGAUGAUUGUUAUGAGUUGACUGCUA